GCCGCCGCAUCGUACUAGCGCGCGCUUACCGAGAAGCGUCGCCGCCGUCGGUUCCGGAAGGCGGUAGCGCGGCUGCGGGAGCAUAAAGACAAGGCGGCAAGGAACUUCGGAGGGGGUUGCUCUCCGGUGAGGACUCGCGUCGUCUACAGCGCACGAGUGCCGAGAGUGCGGCGAGGGCCUGCCAUCGUCGUCGUUGUGCGCCGGUUGCAGUUGCGGAGGAGUGCGCUAGAACAACGCACGCGCGUGCACUUCGAAGGUGUGGGCAGUGGUGUGAGCCCGGCGUGUUUGCAGUAACACACAUCGCCGAGGACCCAUCCGUCGCAGAGUACUGCCUGCUUUUUCGUCUGCUACGCGCGGUGCUGAGCUGCUGCCGCCGCCGCCGCCGCUGCUUCGGCGCCCAGUUCUGCUACCUCGGUGGUUGCCCACAUCGGCGGCCGAGAGAAGCGAGCGAUCGUUGUGGAACCCCGACUGUUGCUCCAUUUGCGGCUCGCGCAAGCGUGUGCGGCGGGCGUCGGGGAAAGGUUGUUGCCUCGAGGAAGGAAGCAAGGGACUCGCUCGUCCCUCGUUAGUGUCCACGCAUGGGAGCGAGGACAGCGACCACUGCACAAUACUCGGCGACUACCCCUGCUGCGUGUCUGGCGCGGCUACUCGGUGCCGGUGCGUGGGAGAAGAACUGAACAAGCGAGCGCUCCGCUGAUCUGAAGAGGAAGGAUGCUCGGUCGCGAGUAGAGCGAGCACGUGGUGUCCGCCGUUGUGUGUCCCUCUCCGUUGGCACCGAAGAGGCCGGGCCGAGACUCGGGUUGACAUUUUGGAGAGCGCCCAAGAGAACGCCGGCCCGAACCACUCCAUCGACGCGGCCUCCUCGUUUGCGGCCUUUUCAGGAUGGAGGACAAAAUACCAGUUCCCAGCUGGAAAAAAGCGCUCAAGCCUGUCCUGGCCACUGCAACACCCUUGGUCCUGCUUCCUAUACCGCUCAGCAUAGGAACCGACGCGUCAUGGGUUGCCUUCGUGACGCUCUGGAUGGGAAUCUACUACGUCGUGGAGCCAGUGCCUCUAUCGGUGACGUCACUACUACCGAUAGUCCUACUACCGUUCCUGGGGAUACUGUCAACCGAAGAAGUGGCUUCCUUUUAUCUCAAUAAUACCGGGCUGCUGUUCAUGGCCUCGCUGAUGAUAUCCACAGCCAUCGAGUCUAGCGACCUGCACGAGCGGCUCGCCUUCAAGUGCCUCCUCACCGUCGGCACCAGCGAGGGAAGGAUCCUGCUGGGACUCAUGUCGAUCACGGUGUUCAUGUCCAUGUGGAUGCCCAACACGGCCGUGGCCACCAUCAUGGGGCCCUUGGCCAUCGCCCUCGCAGCCAAAGUGGUCGUGCCAUCCUACCACCAGGUGCCAACGAACGAGUGCUUCAAGCAAAAUGGCGACGCAGGUGGUGAUCAUUUUGAAGUUGGGAUCGGUGCAGAUCCAAGCGGAGCCUUAAUAAAGAAGAACCACGAUCUCCUCAAGAAGAUCCUGCUGCUUUCAAUUGCAUACUCGUCAAACAUCGGUGGCACGGGAUCCAUAAUAGGCUCGUCGACGAACAUACUGUUCAAGGGCAUUAUCGACGAGCUUUUUCCGCAUUCCACGGAGCUCACAUCAGCCACUUGGAUGUUGUACAAUGUUCCUCCUAUGAUUGUUUGCACCGCCAUCGGCUGGAUGUACCUCUCGUUUGUCAUCAAACUUAGCAGGAGAAAGGAGCACUGCCUCGACGGCAAGACCGACAUCCGGCGGGAAAUCCAGCAACAGUACCAGAGGCUGGGCUCCAUAAGCUUCGCCGAGUACACCGUGCUCAUCAUACUCUCUGCUGUGAUACUAGUGCUGUUCUUUUACAAGCCGCACUUCAUGACGGGCUGGGGUGAUCUCAUCAAGUACGGCAGCAAAAUCAAGUCUUCCAGCCCGGCGCUGGCCAUCUGCUUCCUGCUGUUUGUUCUGCCCAAGAACCCGCGCAACUUGCACUGCAGUGAGCCGCUGGUCUCCUUCAAGGAAUUUUCCGCCAAGAUGCCCUGGGGCAUCGUCAUACUCUUCGGUGGAUGCCUAUCCAUUGCCGAGGCUUCUCAGCGUUCCGGCCUGUCGGCCAUCGUGAUAAACACGCUGAACGGGCUUCGAGACCUUCCCCCGGGGCUGGUGCUGGUGCUGCUGUGCUUCAGUGGCUGCUUCCUCACUGAAGUGGUCAGCACCUACGUGGUCACCGGAAUCCUCACUCCCAUCAUCAGCGAACUGGCCGUAGCCACACGCGUGCACCCGCUGUACUACUUGAUGCCCGUCAAAGCGUGCUGCCUGUUCGCCUUCAUGCUGCCCAUCGCCACCGGAGCCAACGCCAUCCUGUGCGACAUGGGAAGGCUAAGGACCAUAGACAUGAUGAAGAUGGGGUUCCUGAUGAACGUGGCGUGCGUGCUGGUGCAGCUGGCCGCCAUCCACACGAUCGGGCCGCUCGUGUUCGAUAUCUACCGCUUUCCCUCCUGGGCCGCCAAGGACUUCGGUCUCGUCCCCCUUUCCGGCAACGACACCCUGGUCGAGGCGACCGUCGCGUCGCUGUUCAACGUCACCCUGCCGGACGGGAUGGUGUCGACCACGACGGCGGCGACGCCGAUGAUCGCGACGUGACGUCACGGGACAGAAGAGAUCGUCGCGGACUGUUCCUAUAGCUCCGGCGCAUGCGCGCUUCUGUUCAGGCCCGACAAGUGCGCCCGUGGCCUGUCUCUGUUGCGUUGCGCCGCGUGACGCGUUUGACGUUGCGACGGCCCCCACCGAAACGGCGCCCAGUAGGGUAUGCGAUGACGUCUGGUGUCUCUGUGUUUAGCGUGCAGGAAACAGUCGGCGUUUAGUUUGCUUCGGGCCUUACACGUGUGUGUGUGUGUGUACGUUGCGUUGGUGGACGUCGUCGGAGGGAGAGGGGAAGGGGGGGAGGCGUAAGCAAUUCCGCGUGGCCAUGAUUGCCUGAGGUCAAGGAACUGCAGUGAACUACAGAGGACCAGUGAUAGAAAUCAGUGUUUCUUUUUUGUUCGUCCUCUUUUUUUUGCUUUUCGUCGUAUUUUCCGUACAGUGGCCAAUAUGGUGCUCGUUAUGUUCACUCGUGGGCAUUUUUCAAUAUUUUAUCGAAGAUCUGAAUGCUGGUUUGAGCACGUAAAACGGAGAAUCGCGCCUUUCCCGCAUGACGGUGUGACGGAACUGUGGUUGGAACAUUAAUGGAAAAUAAUAUGUCAAGUUAGAUUGUUUAUUUAAGCCUAGGACAUCCCUAAUAGGUCUUUUCUUACAAGCAGCCGAGGUCUGCAGUCACAGAAGACGACGUAGCAGAUCUGAACAGUGUGUUUAGAGGCUAGCCAUUGAUUACUGAAAGGGCAUUACAAACUGCUUUAGAUCAAAGUAAAGCGUGAAAAAGCAACACUUAUGUUUUCCUCGUUGUUGAAGUGUCACGCAAAGAGAGAGAAACAGAUGAGCGCAGAGACAGUGAGGUUCCGCCGGAGGAUGGCUCGGUCAUUGAAGAUGUGAUAGUGUGGCAUUCACGUCGUCGACGUCUCAAUUCGUAAACGCUGGACCUUUCUCCGCUAAACAUUCAUCCGUCUUCCGCCGUACGAAUUCUAACAGGGUUUCUAAAUGUUAAUAAAACCGUUCAGCCAGAUCUGUCGCCAUUGUUCCCUUAUCUAUUAAAAAUUCUAUUCGGCACUGCUUGAAAGAAAUGAAGCCGCUUGUAUACAGGGACUGUCUUCAAGAAUGUUCGUUUGAACGUAAAAAACUGUUAUUGUCCUCACUCGGCGUUUUGGUAGUUACACCUUUCAUCCAAGUGACACGAAACGGUAUGCUUAUUUAAGAGGACGGCGAUAUUUUGAUCGCAAGCGCUCUUCUCGUAAAACUCCUCUGAACUACUCCCAGCGUUCUCACGCUGAAAAAAAACCUAUAGUCUCGAUACACUGCGUUGUGUAGAACGAUCACAAAGCUUAGAUCAAAUGCUAUGUGCAGCCACGGACAAAACCAAGCCAUACUUUAAGGGGCUGCUCAUGUGAAAAUAUACAGAAGGAAAACAUUGCUACACAUGCGAAACACCCAACACCAGCGAAACAAGUUUGUCGCCGAGAAUACAGUAUGAGGCUGCGAGGGAGGCUAGCAGAUCACAUUUUGGUUUUUCUGAGCUCGUCUUUGAGCAUGUCUCCUAAUACACAUAGGAGUUUUUUAUUUUUAUUUUUUGUGAACACUCUAUCUGAACUGAAAUAAUGCACCAAGUGUCACAGUGGUUCAAUGCGAUGAUGACGCACGUGUUGUUAGUCAUGGUUAUGUAAAGAUUCGGUUUACGGAACUGCAGAGCGCUCGUGUGCGAGAACAGCUCGUCGACACUUUUUUUUUAUGCUACAGUUAGGCCUUUCUUACUGCGAUGAACGCUGAACUACGUUUACUACAGCUCCGUUGUCUUGACGCGAAAGAGGUGCGCAUGCGGUCGACUGAUCGUCAAUGGCGCCCUGCCCGUGCCACGUGUACAUACAGUAACAUACCUACUCUCUAUGGGCACAGUUUUUGUGCUUUUCGCAUUGCUGCGUUUGUAUGAGACUUCUAUACUCGUGUACAUUUACAGACGUGGUUGUUGUAUCGGGGUUCCUACGCCCCGGCUCGUCAUAAUAAACGAAGGAACCAAAGAAGGAAAUUUGA